UGUAUUUGCAAACCAGUCAUUAGUAAUCCAGGAUUCAGUGACCGCUAAAUAAAUAAUUAAAUAAAGUUGUAUUUACAACCAAGUACUUAUCAAAAAAUAUAACAUAUUGACAGUGUGUCAUGCAUACAAGUUGCAGCAGGUUGUGCAUCUUUGAAUUGCAGGUUUUCCAUUUGUCAAAACAGACGGAUGCAUCUAUAAAAGACAGAACACAUAGUUUAAUCUUAUCGAUUGAGACGAAAUACAAAAGCCCGACAAGAUCUCUGGACGCUGCUUGGCGAUGAAAACAACUUAUUUCAGUCUAGUCUAGUUUUAAAAAGUCUGUGAAGUAAACGAGUUAAGUCACGCUACAAACUAGCUUAAAUUAGGGUGAAUUGGAAACAUAAAAAUAAAGCAUAAUAAAAAAGUUAUAUAAAAAAUAAAAAGAAGAAAACUACUAACUGUGAUUCAGGUGUUUUAUAAACACUCGUUCUGAACUGGCGCGUUUGUGUAAUUAAUGGACAACAAUAGACAAUUUUCUGACAAGCAUAGAAAAGCCGCUCAUUUAACGGUUGUCAGAUGACGUUACAGACACCUACUACUGUUUGUAGCGGAGUCUUGCAUAUUGAAUCUGCUAUUCUACGUUUAGUCUCAUCAGGUGGCGUCAGAUGGUGCAGGUGUGGGUGUAGUAAAGUUUAUUCUUUCCUUGCCUAUGGUGGAGGUGACCUGAGAGUGGGGCCUGCAGCGGAACUGACUCCACAGCGGAGGUGUGUCGCGCGGAGAGGAUCGGACACCUGACAACGUUACAGCUGUGAUCAGACGUUUGUUUUAUUAAACACCCAUUUAUUUAGUCGUUAACGGGUGUUUUUUUGGUUUUGCUUUUUUCGCAGUCUGGAGAAGGACUCCGUUAAGCCCCGCCCACUGCCGAUCUCAAAAUAAAAAAAAUGACGAACAGGAUGAACCACCUGAAGGAGGCGGAGCUGGAUGGCAAGGUGCAGACCUGGGCUCAGUCUCUAGUCUACACUGUGGAGGAGCUCGAAUGUAAAAUCUGCUACAACCGUUAUGACACUCGCAGCCGGAAACCCAAACUUCUGGGCUGUCUACACCGAGUCUGUGCCAAGUGUCUCAAGAAGAUGGUGGACAUGGGUGAGUCCUCGCCGUCCAUCAUCAGCUGUCCGUUCUGCCGCCAUGAGACCUACGUCCCAGACGAGGAGGUGUGGUUGAUGGAGGAUGACCGACACAUCCUGGCUGUUCUGUCAUGUCAGGACCAAGCCCAGCGAGGAGGAACCAGAGGAGGUGAUAAGGAGGUGGUUCUGAGUCCAACCAGUCUGACCGAAGGAGGAGCUGGAGGCGGCAUGAAGGCGUCCCACCACUCUUCAGACUGUCUGGUCAUCACAAUCAUGGAGCUGCCUGAUGAGUCUCCCUCCACAGACUCACUGAGCAUGCUCAAUGUGGUGGGUCUGUACCGACCCCCCAGCCUGGACUCGUUGCCCUGCAACAUACCUGCUCAGAAGUGUCAUGCCUGGACGUCUCGCAGCCUCCCCCGCUGCCUGCUGGGGGCAUUGUGUCUGGUGUACUUCAGCUCACUGCCUCUGGGUAUCUACCUGCUGAUGAUUGGUCAGCUGUGGCUGGGCGUCAUCCUCGUCAGUCUGGUCCCAUGCACACUGCUGCUGCUUGUCCUCUACGGCUUCUGUCAGUGUCUGUGCCAUGAGCUGAUGGAGGCUGCCCGCACACGCACGCUGCCAUGACAACAGGACACUUUGCUGUGACGACCGCAUCACACAACCUCAUCAUGGCAGGAUUUUAUGAUGCUGUCAUGAAAAUGAUAUCAUAGCAGCAUCAUGACAAGAGUAUCAUUAAAAUAUUACCAUGGCAACAGCAUCACUACCCAGUUACAACCACAGACAGAAGAUGUUGCCAUGGUGACGAAGACAAGCAUGUCACGAGGUCAUGCCAACAGCAUCACCAGACAAGAAACACACUGCCAUGACAAGAGGAAUCCCAGAUGUAGUCAUAAUAACAACAGACACCAAAACAAUAACUACAACCAGAACAGAACAACAAGACAUUUAACACUAGAACCAGAAUCGGACCUGCAGACCAACCAUCUGGACCGUGACUACCCUCUGUCCAUUCCCCUUCUUAAUACCAGCAUGCCCCUCCUUAUAAAACAGGAGAUUACAUCAUCAUCAUCCCAGCCGGAAGUUAUGUUAUUGUCAGCUGAUCUUCUGACUGCCUGACUGAGAUUAAAACAAUCAGAGGACACGUCUGUGUGUGGACAGUAAAGACAAGCACGUGUGAAAAUGGACAGAGUGCAAAUACCUGUUCAGAUGUUGGUAUUAACAUAUUGUAAACACACAUGAAACAUUCUGUAUGUGUACAUCUGUUUACCACCAUCUCUGACUGCACUGUCACAUGACCCAGUAACUGUCCAGAACCGAGACGGGUUCAGCGGUGAGCUGAGCUUAAAGACGUAGAGGAGACAUGCUGGUUUCAUCAGCUGUUAGCAGGUAGCUUAUGUUUCUUUACAGCAUCCUACUCGCUAACAGUGUUGGUGUGAGUGAAGCAGAGAUAAAUCAGCUGGGGUCCGUCACUCUGACUAACAGGUCUAAGAUCAGCUCAAAGCAAACACACUAACAGGUCCAACAAAACGUGUUUUGACUGAAGCUAACUGCUUCAAUGUAAUGUAAAAUCCAAGAUAAACACUGGAGACAAUAAAAAUUUAUGUCACA